AUGGCCGGUCCUCAGGCCAAAAUGUCUCACGAUGGCUAUAUCUAUACCAAGAAACAUGGCUUGGUUCGCGGUCUUCCUACGUACGGUGUCAUCCAGCCGGAACGCAGGGUUGGCCAUACCAACGAUGAUUACAUAUGGGAGGCCGUAGUAAUAGGCGCAGGCUAUACCGGUCUCAUUGCUGCUCGUGAUCUUGUCAAAGCUGAGGCUCGCGAUCGCGUUGGCGGCCGAACCUGGAGCGCUCAAGUCGAUGGCACUACCUUUGAGAUGGGAGGAACAUGGGUAUCGCACGCGCACGGACGACUUUUUGCCGAAAUGCAGCGUUACGGCCUAAAGGACGACGUUCAGAUGACUCGUACCCGAGAUGGUGGUUGUUCUUACUUCACUCUGAACACCGGCUCAGGCUCACAGAAAUUGACCCUUCAGCAGGCCGGUGAAAUGACUGCUAGGGCUUGGAGGAUCUUCAUUGACGUUGACGGUAACGAUGGACGAGAUAUCUGUCCGCUCCCGUACUCCAUCCUAGGAAACUCACGCGUCACCUUCGACCAGGUUAGGGCUAUCGAUCAGCUCUCAUGCGCCGAUCGACUCAAUCAGGUCAAGGACCAACUGACCGAGGAUGAGCUAGCCCUGAUGGAGUCUCUCAUCCCCCACAUUGCGGCUGGUACUGCCGAGAAUGUCGGUCUACUGGAGAUGCUCCGCGCUCAGGCUCUCCAAGGCUUUAGCCCUGAUACAUUUGAAGAAAUUUGGACUUUAUACAAGAUUCGUGAGGGUCAGUCCACCCUCGCCCGACAUAUCUUCGACGACGCUGUGCGACUUGGCCUUCAGUACUCGUUCAAGACUCCUAUUAAAUCCAUUGUUGAUGGUCAAAACUUUGUCUCUCUAACUACGAGCAGCGGCGAGAUUCAUCGUGCUAGACGCGUUAUCAAUACCAUACCCCUAGCCGUUCUCCCAACAAUCCAUUUUGACCCUCCCCUGUCGCCUCUUCGUCAGGAAGCGAUCAAGAUCGGGCAUGUUAACUAUCUGACCAAGGUCCACGCCGAGGUCGAGGGCGAUCUCCGUGGUCUCCGAGGAUGCACCUGGCCGGGUGAGCUGCUGUAUGUAUACGGAGACGGAUUUUGCGCCGGUGACAAGACUACUCGGAUCACCUCGUUUGCUGGUGAUAACCGAGGCGUCUUGGACCCCACAAAAGAGCCUGAGAGGCUGGAGGCGGCUCUGCAGCGAUUUCAUCCUAUGAGCAUAAAGAAGGUCGUAUUCCAUGACUGGAUUUCCGAUCCGUACUCCAUGGCCGGUCCCGCGUGGUACUCCGCUGGCUACCUCACCAAGUACCUCGCGGAGCUUCAGAAGCGCCACGGCAAUGUCCUCAUGGCUAACUCGGACUGGGCCAGUGGAUGGAGGGCUUUCAUAGAAGGCGCAAUGGAACAAGGCGCGCUAGCGGCCGACAUUGCUAUGAACGAGGUCGGCAUUCUCGGCGCCAACUCCAGUCGCGACUUGCACAAGCAUGACUCCAGCUUGUGA